AUGCAUUGUCAAUAUCCUCCAUCUGGAGCAAAGAGCUCUGGUGACGGCGAUUUCUUCUUUUAUGUUGAGGGCCUACCGCCUUACUAUACUUGGGGCAUGUUGAAAGAUCUUACCAGAAAAGCUGCUCCUCACCCUGGAUGGACUGAGAUGGCCUCGAAUCCUUACGGCAUGCAAAAAGGCCGCGGUUGGAUCAAAAUAAAACGAGCCAGGGAUGCCUUCAACCUAUACGCUCGAUCACCACCAGAACUGCUGCGAUGCAACGACAUUCUACGCCCUAUGCAGUCGAUCUCGCCGCCACAGUUUGGCACCACUUUUUCCACGCCCUUGAGCACACCUAUGAGUGGUACACCCAUGAGCACACCUAUGAGCACGCCUACACACAUGAGUCCGGUGUUCCGUCAGCCACCUCCGGUCGAGUUCAAGAACAUGCAUUCGACCUACGUCUACACCUCGAAUCACCGUCCUAUCAACGCCACAGGCGGACUGGUACAAACCGAGUCCAAAGGUAUCUUCAUAAAUCAAUUGGACUAUGCCGUCGAUCAGCGGCAACUAGAGGAGUACCUGCGCAGGAUCGGUUCCUUCGACAGUUGCGAGAUCCGACGGGAUUCGACUACCGGACGAUCACGCGGCAUUGCAACAGCCAAGUUUGCAAGUGCAGAGGCCGCUGCCAGAGCAGUUCAGGUGCUACAUGGUCAGAGGAUCAUGAGCAAGACAAUUAGUGUGCGUUUCGAUACCGAGAAAGAGGCAGUCACACCAAGAAGCUCGGUCAAGAUUUAUCAGGGAGGUCUUAUCAUCGCCAAUGGUUCACAAUGA